AUGGCCCGUCGCCCAGCGAGAUGUUACCGUUACUGCAAGAACAAGCCUUAUCCUAAGUCUCGUUUCAACCGUGGUGUUCCCGACCCAAAGAUUCGUAUCUUCGAUCUCGGUCGUAAGAAGGCAAAUGUCGACGAGUUCCCUCUCUGCAUUCACUUGGUCUCUAACGAGUAUGAACAAUUGAGUUCCGAGGCUUUGGAAGCCGCCCGUAUUUGCGCCAACAAGUACAUGGUUAAGUCCGCAGGAAAGGAAGCCUUCCAUCUCCGUGUCCGUGCUCACCCAUACCACGUCGUCCGUAUCAACAAGAUGUUGUCUUGUGCUGGUGCCGAUAGAUUGCAAACUGGUAUGCGUGGUGCUUGGGGUAAGCCAAACGGAACUGUUGCCCGUGUCAACAUUGGUCAAAUUAUCUUGUCCAUCAGAACUCGUGACUCUUUCCGCCCCAACGCUCUCGAGGCCCUCCGCAGAUCUCAAUACAAGUUCCCAGGUCGUCAGAAGAUCAUUGUUUCCAAGAACUGGGGUUUCACUCCUCUCCGUCGUGAGGAGUACAUGGAGAAGAAGCAAAGUGGAAAGGUUUUGGUCGAUGGUGCAUACGUUCAAUUCUUGUCCAACCACGGAAAGUUGGCCGAUAACAUUAGACGUUUCCCAGCUGCUUUCGAGACUGAGGCAUAA